UUUUUUUUCUCCUUUUUGUGAAUUACUACGCUUGUGCUUGAAAGCGUCUCAGAGUUUGCCCUGAUUUUGUUUCUGAAAUUCAUUUGAAACUUGAAAUUAUUCCUAAAAGGGGUGGCAUAACUUUAUCUCUGGUGAAAGACCACUGAAGACGCACGUCCAAACCGGGCAGCAUCAUGUCUGCAGAGCUGGACCUGUCCACUCCAGAAGUCCCUGAGCCCACCUUAUUAGAAAGCAUUCUGCGUUAUGGGUUAUUCCUGGGUGCCAUCUUCCAGCUUAUCUGUAUCCUGGCUGUCAUCUUCUCCCCAUCCAAAGGCCAUGAGCAGGAGGAAGCAGAGUCCAACGAUGGCAAAAGCACCGAACAGAUGAAGAAACCUAAAGGACCAGCCCCUCAGAUUCGACAGAAGCCAAAGAAAGAGAGCAAAAAGAAACGAUAAACAGCAUUAUGUGACUCAUUAACUCUGUGUUAACCCCUCAGUGGCAAUGGGUGUUAUUUGUCAUUGGAAACAUUUCAGUUGUCAAUCCACUAAUAUUAAAAUUCAGCUGUCUGAUUAAUCGUAAUACAACACUAAAUAUGACACACUGGCUGCUGAUGCCUUUCUUAUUAUGUUUGUCUCCUGUGUUUCUUUUAUAACAGAAUGUCAUUUGAUGAAUGAUGUUUUUUUUUAUUAAAGCAGACCAAUAAAAGCAUUGGUUUUCACAUAAUGGUCAUAAUCCAGUUUUUGG